AUGGAUCCUGGGUGGCAGCCUUACCAAGAUCCUUUGAUGGGCCACCCUGCGCAGUUCAAUACUGCGUUGGCAUCUCAUCCCCAGCAACUCGCUUCGAAAUACGGUCAACCACCACAGUCACAGCCGCCCGUCGGAUACACGUACGAGACAUUCCAGACCCCCGGCACGACAUCCAAAGCCCCUUCGGCUGGCUCAAAUUCCAAAACUGUCUCCAUGGCUUCCUCCCCCACCUCCACGCCUCGUACUCGGGAUUAUGUCACCGAUGCGGAUACUGCCAUGGAGGACGCUGACCCGUACAACCGGGCGAAGUACCCCUCGAGGCCAAACCACAAUCGCGCCUCGUCACAAUUCUUGAAUCAAGCAGAGGAAUCAUCGGCUGCCCGCAGAUACUCUCCGGGGCAUGUUCUUUCGCCGCCGAUGUCAUAUCCCACUAGUCCUGGCAAGUCCCAAGGGUCCUAUGGAUUUCCAUCCGCGCCCCAGAGUGCAUCCCGCCGGUCCCCUGCGAAACCAGAAUAUGCAUCACCACCACAAGGAUAUCAAUCGCCGCCAUCCAACCGGCCCCCUAGACUCCCUCCUCUUCAAUCCGGUGACCUCAGCCCAGACCAGUACUACCCACCAUCCGCAUCUUCACACAUGAGUCCAGGCUUUGGUCCAGGGUCGCGAUCUCCGCGGUCCGGCUCGCUGCCGUCUCAGGCCCCUCUGGUGCCCGGUCGCGGUCCCGUUCCCAAGUUCCAAAAGAUCCAGUCUGUGCAAGAGCUGAAGCCGCGGAUGAAUAUACAGCCCGCAUAUCGGCGCGCCAAUCCAGAGGGCGGAUUCAUCAGCCCGCUUCAAUCGUUGACAACUCACCUCCCGGCCACCUACCGCAUAUGCAACCCUGGCUUCAACUAUGAGUCUUCAAGAAACCCGCGACGAGUAUUGACCAAACCCAGCAAAGGGGUAAAGAAUGAUGGGUAUGACAACGAGGAUAGUGAUUAUAUCCUUUACGUCAACGAUAUCCUUGGAAGCGAGGAAGCCGGUCACAAAAAUCGAUACCUCAUCCUGGAUGUGCUAGGUCAAGGUACUUUCGGCCAAGUCGUGAAAUGCCAAAACUUGAAAACGGGAGAAGUCGUGGCUGUCAAAGUCAUCAAGAACAAGACUGCCUACUUCAACCAGAGUAUGAUGGAAGUUUCUGUGUUGGAUCUGCUCAACAGCAAAUAUGACAAGAACGACGACCACCACCUGCUUCGUCUCAAGGACACAUUCAUCCACCGUCAGCAUUUGUGUCUCGCAUUCGAAUUGCUCAGUGUCAAUCUGUAUGAGCUGAUCAAACAAAACCAAUUCCGUGGAUUGAGCACUACCCUUGUCCGGGUGUUUGCCCAGCAACUGCUCAAUGCCUUGAGCUUGUUGAACAAAGCGCAUCUGAUUCACUGUGAUUUGAAGCCGGAGAAUAUUCUCCUGAAAAACCUCGAGAGCCCAAUCAUCAAGGUCAUUGACUUUGGUUCUGCAUGCGAUGAACGCCAGACAGUCUACACCUACAUUCAAUCGCGAUUUUACCGAUCUCCAGAAGUACUAUUAGGCUUGCCCUACUCAUCUGCCAUUGACAUGUGGUCUCUUGGGUGUAUCGUGGUGGAGCUCUUCCUGGGUCUACCUCUGUUCCCCGGCUCUUCGGAGUACAAUCAAGUUUGUCGGAUCGUCGAGAUGCUGGGUAUCCCACCAACAUGGAUGCUGGAGAUGGGUAAGCAGUCGGGAGAGUUUUUCGAAAAGACACAGGAUGAGUUCGGAAGAAAGACAUACCGCCUCAAGAGCCUGGAGCAGUAUUCCCGAGAACACAACACGAAGGAACAACCGAGCAAGAAGUAUUUCUCAGCCUCAACACUGGAGGAGAUUAUCCGAAGUUACCCAAUGCCUCGGAAGAACAUGAAGCAAGCAGAGGUUGAUCGAGAACUAAACAAUCGGAUUGCUUUCAUCGACUUUGUGCGGGGACUUCUAUCGAUCAAUCCUCUCGAGCGAUGGUCACCCCAACAAGCCAAGCUGCACCCGUUCAUCACCCAGCAGAAGUUCACGGGGCCCUUCAUGCCACCAAUGAAUCUGAAGUAUUCGACGGCCAACAAGCCGGCUCCGGGGGUUCAACAACAACAGCAGGCCGAGGCCGCUAGCAAACAAAGAGCAGCUCAGGCGGCGCAUGCGCAAAAUGCCUAUGCCGUGCAGAUGAACCAAUUCCAUACUCCCCCUCAGGCCCAGCCUCAAGCCCCGCCCAUGUACAAUGGCAUGUACCAACAAGGUGCAGCGCCUCCUCCAUACCCUACCCAGCAGCCGCCUGGCUACGGUCACCAAAUGGGAAUGAUGCCAGGCAACCAGGUGCCCCCUCAAAGUCUCUACGCACAGGCGACUACGCGAGCCGGCCGUCAACGAGCAUCCACCAUGGACCCUAACGGAGGAAUCCCGACUACCAUCCAACGAGUUGCUAGCCACCUGGAUCCAAACGCACCGAUUCGAUUGCAGCCCAGCCCUGCAUACUAUCCACCUCCCCCUGACGGGUAUGUUGAUGCUAAUGCCAGUCAACGGCGUCGUGGGAGCCGAGCAGGUAAUGGGAAUGGGAACCAACGCAAUCGGGAUUUCAUUCGCACUCUCGAAGACGGUGUACUCAGCGAAGGUUACAUGGGUCAGAACCAAUGGCACUAG